AUGGCGUCGGGAUAUACUCUAGCCAACAGCUACCCGCCGCAAAACGACGGCAUGGCGGCGGUCAACCAAGGCGCGCCCUCCCCUACUACUACCCCCGCCGGACCCUACAACCCAGAGCCAAAUGCGUACAUGGGCGGCGGCGGCAUGCCGAUGAAGCCGCAGGAGCCGCCGCCGAGCGCCAGGCGGAAGAACAUAUUCGCUAGGUUCGGCAGCUACCUGAUGCUGCUCCAGCUCGUCUCCAUCGUCCUCCUCGUCGUCGCCGUCGGGCUUCUAUCGUGGAUCUGGCUGUGCUCGCGCGAGAACGAGGCCUGGCGCAAGCUCUUCCUCGGCCCUUACGCCAUCCGCAUCAUCACCACCGUCGCCGUCUUCAUCCGCUUCGCCCUGUCGUCCCUGAGCUCCGUCGUCACCGCCAUGCUCGCGGCCGUGGCCAUCGAGAGGGCCGGCGUGCCGCUGGACAAGAUCGCCGUCCUCUCCAUCGCGCGGUUCACCAACAGCGGACCGCAGGCGCUUCUCAAGUCCGCCGCGGGCGGUCGCACGUUUACGCUGCCCGCCACCGUCCUCAUCGCGCUGCUCGCCGCGUGCACCAUUGCCUCGCAGUUCACGUCCACUAUCCUCCUCUCCGACGUGCGCAUCGACGGCGUCAUGGGGUUUCUCACCCCCACGCCCAUGAACUACACCUUUAGCGGCCUUUCCCUGCAGGAUCCCGUGCGGGCCAAUAGCAUCCCCUACCGCAUGAUCAUGCCCAACACCUUUGAGACGUUUGCCGAGUACGCCGAGCCCGAGAACCGCCUCGUGUCCGACACCGUCGACGAUACCGGCCCCUUGUGGCGCGCUUUCCUGCCCAUCUCCGACCCGGACGUGCGUCAGUCCAUCGGCGAGUACGAGGGAUUGGGCUACGUCAACGACUUCCGGACCACGUGCGUGCGCCCCAAGAUCACCGACAUCAAGGAGUGCAAACCCAUCAUGACCGAUUCGACGAUUGAGUUUUGCGGUAAUGGUACCAUCGACGACGUCUUGCCUCUUCCCUUUCCCGGCCCCAAGAACUUCCAGUUCCGCUGCUCCAUCCUCGCCGACGAGAUGGGUUCGACUCUCUCCUACGGCGUGUGCUCGCCGACCGGGGCCCAGCCCAGGUACUCGAGUUUGGAUCCCAGGUACUACCACGAGGCCACCGGCGAAGACGCCUUGAAGUAUGCGCCCGGCUACGUCUUCAUCGGCAUGCGCGAUACCUUGAGCAAGGCCACCGAAAGCGAAUUCUACUCGGAGUCGACGACGCCGCCUACCGAUUCCGGAGUGUGGAUCCCCUUCAAGGUCACCGAGGACGGUACCGGUGGUACCGGUGGCAAGACCACCAGGCCUGCGUCGUCGUUGAGGGACUUUAUCGGCGUCAUGACGUUUUGCACGCACCCAGUCUACACCCAGAAACCCCUGGUCAGACACCUCAACAUCUCCGCCUCCGGCCCUCCGCAGAACCGCAAGAUGGAGCCGGGCGCCCUGCAAUGGGACUCGGGCGCCGCCAUGUACAGGCACGAAGACGUACAGAGGCAGCUCGGCGCGACAAAGGACAGCGUGAGCCUGGACGACCGCGGCAUCCUCGCCAUGGACAAGGACAGCUUCUACGACAACCUCGAAAAGGUCAAGAAGAUGAGCCUCAACAACACCGAGGGUUUUGGUAAUGACACGACCACCUACAUGGAAUCCGCGCUUCGCGUGCCCCUCUCCAUCAGCGUGCUCUACUGCUCCGGCUGCCCGCAGACCGACGACGUCCUGCUGUCCAGCAUUUUUCUGCACGGCCUCGCCGUCAACACCAUCCUCAUGCGGCAAAUCUACCACAGCUUCGCCAACGCUUUUACCCAGCCCUCCGUGUCCGAGCUCGCCCUUAUCCAGGCCGCCUCCGCGCCCGUAAGCCGCACGGGCUACAUCAUCGUCAUGGGCCUCAUCGCCGCCCAGCUCGUCAUCUACUUGCUGGUGUGGCUCAUGUUUUCUCGCACAAAGUACAGCGUCCUGCACAACUCUUGGUUGACGAUUGCUCAGGUGUCCGAGACGCCCGAGGCGGCGCCGCUGCUGGCUAGGGCGGGGAGAUGA